AUGAAUGACGGCCAAACUACAAGCUUAAAUUACGAUGAUAGAAGCAGUUCGAAGAAAGACGCCUACAUGUUAGCAUUUGCAGAAGAGCUUUUCUCGUCGAUCCGCUCCUAUAGCCUAGAUGCAGAUGUCUUCGAGGAUAUGUACCAAGCUCUCCCGGGCUUUCUGAAGAUGUUUGCUCUGAGCUUUGCCCACAAACGCCAAACACAGGUUUAUCGAGACAUUAUGGCUUUCGUUCAUCAAUAUAGAUGUGACAUCGUCGUAGCAUUACGGGAGAAACUCUCUGAAAGCCUGCUAGCCCAGCAUCCGUCCCAGAAUGAUGAUGCAAUUCCUCCAUCCGAGAUCAUUAAUUGGUGGCAGUCCAAAACAGAUGAAGGAAAUGAAGAUUUGCUGGAUGUAUUUCCAAAGGAUAAUUUAUCUCAAGUGAUGAACACAGAGAGCGAUGUUGACGAUGUCACCGUUCCAGCCCCUUCCACCAAUGAACCGCAAUAUGGAUCCGAUCUUGAUUCCAGUGCGGAAAAUCAAAAUCGAGAACAAUGUGAAGAUGAAGCAGCAAACAAUCUCCCCGAGCUUCUAACUUAUAUAUCGUUGAUUUCAUGUUGCCUCACUUCGCCGCAGUCCAACACGAUAAAGAGAGUCCGUGAUGUGGUUCUCGAGAUCUUACCUGUCAAAAGCUUCAUAAGUAGAAAGAGGAUAUCCGAGAGCUAUUCCAUGGUAUAUACUAUGAGUUGGGAUUUGUCUGGCUUUGUAAGCCAACAGGAAUACGAUUCCGAGGCUCAUAUCGCAAUAGAAAGCUCUAUUACACUAACCGGCUCUCCAAAUCAGCUACAGGCGCUGGCACGUGGUGAAUACAUAAUCCAGACUUGGCCGACGAUAGGGCCAUCUGUCCUGGUAUUAGUUAAACAGGCAGCUAGAUGGCCGGGACAGGAGCAUAAAGUUAUGGUCAGUGGCCCGCCAUACACUAUCGCUGAAGUUGGUGAAAUACUAGCUUGGCUUGGAUCUACCUUUCACACAUCCCCAUAUUCAGAUGGGGUUGUUUAUCGACAGCCAUUUGCUUUGAGAUCCGAGAGUCGUUCCUCCUACCUCGGGCCAUUCAGAUGCGAUCUGGACUACGUGGAGCGCAAAGGCGAUGACUCGGCUAGCAAGAACGGGAAUUGCUGGCACGACCUUUUCAGGAAUCCGGUGGUGGUGGAGGGUUAUCCUAUUAAACGUAGGCGGGCUGCCGCACUAGGAGUUGAAAUCCCACUACGGAUGAUGGCCGAAAUGAUACAAACUAAACGUAUGAGCCCUUUUGCGGGGAAUAUUGUCCUCAAAGGAUUUUCAACCAUGUUGGUGCCGACUGCGUACGAAGAGAACACAAUUUCUUGGCAUUUACUAUGCAACAAAACGGGCGAUCGUAUCUCAUACCUCAGUGGGAUGGCCAUCCCUCAGGUACGGAUAAGUAUCCUACAGUUGGAGAGGUCUCGACAUGUUCUGGGAUGGUGUACAGAUAUGAAGUUGCAUGCAGGUGGACCAGAUGCGUGCUAUGAUGUGAAGGCGUCCAGGCUUCCAAGGACACACGCAACAAGCCCUCUUGCUAAUGUUUCCAUCUCAAUGGGGCAGCUACUUACGGGGGACUCGCCCUUCAUCCUUGGGAGAAAAGACACCCCAGUACACAUUUCCCGAAAUGGCUACAUACGAAAACUGAAAUGGAUUUCGAAGAAAUACGUGCUCCUGUGGGAUGAAGCAGAUAAACGUGGCUGGCUAGUGAACGGCACGAGCGCUUUAUUGCAUCUCGUUUGUGCAACCCUAGAACAAGACAAAAGGGAUGGCUUUCAGGGCGUCUCUCUGUUCGAGAUGAGCAAAGUUCAAUGGUCGGACCAGCCAUAUCAACGUAAGUCGGCCCUCCAGGUACUCAUCAACCAGAGCAAUCUACGAUUGAAGAUCUAUCCCGAAAAGGAUGGGUACACGAGAUUUCAAGAUCACGUAGAAAGCCUUUUCGACACAUUAGAAAAGAUUAUUGACCAUCAGCAUGAUAUUAUGCGAGAUUUUCCAAGUCAGGAAAUAUCAAGGGCAAAUCUAGAGGGAUGGGACUUCAAUGACUUAAUUUCUGAACGAGAUCCAGUAUAUCCACGAGUGUCAGCGAUGGGCAGCCAUGGGAAGUCGUGGAUGGACUUUACCCGAUCAAUCCAUGUUGUUACGCUCUUCGGACGCGGCUUUCGGGACAUCAUUCAGUCUGUCAAUGUCUGUCCCCACUGGGCAACUGUUCCUAAAGACAUGUCAUACAUAGCUGUUUGCCAGGAGGAUUUGGAGGAUAUUAUGGAGGCUGCGGGGGAUCCAUCUUCAAAGCCAGUGAGACUUACGGACAAAGUCAUAUGGCAUACCCCUGAAGUUUCCCCUGGGACAUGUCAUUGCGCAGGCGCGGGUGGAACUACCCACCCAGACCUCGCACAAGUCAUCUUACCAUCUAGCAUGUGCCAGGAGCUAUCCUCACAAUACACCAGGCCGUACAAAGAGGGGAAGGGCGCUUUCAUCUUUGAGUACAAUUCAACUUACAGGUGGUUUUGGGGAGACACUGGCGACCCCUCACGGGAGGCAGCAGACGUUGACUAUCUCGAAGGAGAAAGGUUUUUCAAAUAUCCCUUGCAAGAUAGUGGGAUAGGUUCAAGCCUAGUAUCAACUACAUUCGGAGAUAGUGAAAGCACACUCGACUCGAGCAUGCAUCACUCUCCCAAUGCCGAAUCGUUUGUUAGCUCAAGGUCCUUCGUCGCCUCCACGGACAACAACCAGGCCUCUCGAAAGAGGCCCUGCCAGAGGUCAAUAUUACCACACAUUUCCUCUAAGAGGUACGCCGUGGGAAUUGUAUGUGCACUACAUAUAGAGCUAAUGGCCAUCCGUGCUUUGUUCGACUCCACUCACCAGCAGAUAUCUAUCCCUGGUGACGAUCCUAAUUACUACGCACUUGGCUGUAUGAAUAAUCAUAGUGUCGUUGCUACUUGUCUGCCGGAUGGUGAGUACGGCACCAGCCCCGCUGCAAAUGCUGCAUCCAAUAUGAGGCGAAGUUUCCCUAAUACGAAGUUCGGCCUACUGGUUGGGGUUGGUGGCGGCGUCCCCUCGUCAAAACAUGACAUCCGGCUUGGUGAUAUUGUGGUCAGCACACCGUCUGGAGCAAACACAGGCAUCAUACCAUAUGACCUAAAGAAGGCGCUGAAAUGUGGGACAUCCGUGUUGAAUGGCUACCUUCACCCGCCGCCACAACACCUCCGAUGUGCGCUCAGUGAAAUCAAAUCAGACGCUUCACUAUCAAGAACACCCCCACUGCAGAGAUAUCUACAACAGAUUCAGGAGUGUACCAAAAACUAUCAUCACCCAGGUCACGAAAAUGAUAAGCUUUACGCGCCAGGCUACAUCCAUGGAGACGCGAACAAAGCUUGCGAUUCUUGUGAUUUUCAGCAACAACUACCCCGGACGCCGCGAGGAUCCCCUGAUCCUGUGAUCCACUACGGCACAAUAGCAUCCGGUAACCAGGUGAUCAAGGACGCAGCGCAAAGAGACAAGCUAGCCAAGCAGUAUGACAUCCUUUGCUUCGAAAUGGAAGCAGCGGGGAUAGUCAACACGUUUCCUUCAUUGGUAAUUCGCGGAAUUUGUGAUUAUGCUGACUCGCAUAAGAACAAGAUGUGGCAGAAGUACGCUGCUGCUACAGCUGCUGCGUUCGCUAAGUUUCUUUUGUCCCGUGUGAGAACCCCUCAGGAUUCCGAGAUAAACUAUUGA